AUGCCGGUACCUUGCUGGUGGUACACCACAGGAGGUAAAUCAGAAGGCGAAUAUGUCAGUGCAUGUAGAGGGGAUGCUCCUGCCAGCAAGCUUAGCUUUUGGGAGAGAGGCUCCGGCAGGAAGAUUAUAACAGCAUUCAAAGUGAAGUGGGUCAAUGGGCAGGAGUCGGAAACCUACGGAUAUACACGUGGUGCUACCGUCAAGAUUGUUCAACUCAGGUACGGUGAGUUUUUCCAGUCGGUGACACAGUAUUGGACCAUGGAAGGAAAGGAUCAGUGCUUCAGUGGCUGGAAGGGGACCACCAACUUGGGCCGGGGGGUCAAGGUUGGUUACACAUGGGGAGAUGCGCAUGCCUAUGAGCUCCCGCAUCUCUACAGCAGGUUUUGCAUGGGUUUCGGGGCUCAUCUGAACAGAAAGAAAUCUCUGCUUAACGUGGGUGGUGUCUUUUUCUUGCAGGACAUAGAGCUCGCCGUUAUCAAAAUGAACUAUGUUACUGUACCCAACGUGGAGAUUCAAUCCGUGUUGGUCGAGACCACCACGGACGAGAACGACCGUGAGGCCCCCUUAGAGGUUCUGUGGAGUAAAGCAGUUGAAUUAACCAACAAGGUUACUACACCCAAAACAUUCAUCGAGAAAUUAAGCGUCCCAACAGUUGUGUUGGGCAAGGCUUUUGGAAUCAGCCCCAAAAACAGCACCGGCUGCAUAGACACCGAAGAUAUCAGCGACUCCACCUCUUACACGAUGAAAACCAGUACCGAAUUGUCGCGGUCCUACGAAGUUCCAGCCGGUCGAAAGUACCGUAGGACCGUGGUGUACUCCAAAGGCACUUUCAAAGUUCAAUUCCGUCCCCAAUACAGCCUAACUCUAGAUUCAGGGGAGAUAAUGAACUGGCCUGAAGGCCCGGUUCAGGACGCCUUCGUUGUUGUCUCAGGAAACUUGCAUAUACGGAUUGCGGACAUUACCGACGAUGCCCAGGAGUCUCCCAUUGAUCCGCCUCCCUACCUUGAAUGA